AUGGCCGAGGCGGGAGGACUCUGCGGCCCGGAGCGCGGCAGCCGGCUCGGGGCCGCCGGCACUGGGGAAGCGCCGCCGCCGCCAAGAAUCUGCCGCCUGGCGCGCUCGGAAGGACGGGGGGGCGUGAGGGGCGGGGAAGGGGAGCUGGGGGCGGGCACUGGGGAGCCACCACCCGGCGGGCGCGGGAGUCGCAGGAGCAGCGGCCGCAGUGGCCGCAGGGUGCCCGGUCGCCGCCCCCUCCGCCUGCAGUUCCCGGGGCCUGAGCCUCCGCGAGCCGGGAUACGACCGAGUGGCGGGACUCGGAGCCGCCUCGGCAGGCGCGGCCCUUCGCUCCCUGCAGGGAUUCCCGUCCUCUCGGGUCCCGCUGCCCCGCCCCGACUGCGGACGGAGUGGAUGGGGUGCACCGCCUCAGACCCGCUUCCUGGGGUCGCGAACUUCCCGGGCCCCAAGGUCCCUGCCACCUCUUCCAAAUGCUGGAGGACUACGCACUUCUACAAGUUAGAAAAUAUCCAGAAAAAAUUGUGAAUAAAUCAGAGGAGAAAUGGACAUUACCCAGAUGUCAGGCUUGAAGCUUCAUAAAGUCACUGAAGAGAAUUUGGAAAACAAGGUUCUUCUUGGAAUCUUCCUAAUGUUUCAGGCAUAACUGUUCACCUCAUG